GGGACCUCAGGGGCACGCAGUCCACAUGGACAGCAGCACAUCGCAUAUAUUCCAGGCAGUCAAGGAAUGUGAUGUUAAGAAAUGCCAGCAGUUUAUUGAUGAGGACGGUCCUUCAAUUCUGGGAAAUUAUGAUGAAAAGGGGCACACACCAGUUCAUUGGGCUGCUCUGGCUGGAUCUAUAGAGCUGAUAGGACUCUUUGUGGACUGUAAGGGACCAGUGGGCCUACCUAGCCAAUCUGAGCCAGGCCAGCACCCCAUUCACUGGGCUGCAGUGAAUGGAUGCAUUGCUGUAGUGGACCUGCUUGUGAAGGCAGGAGUUCCAUUAGACGUGGAAGAUCAGAAAGGCUGCACCCCUUUGAUCACAGCGGCACAAUAUGGACAAACAGCACUCUGCUGCUAUCUCAUUGGAAAAGGUGCUAAAGUACAUUUAUGUGACUUAGAGGGAGACACUGCACUGCACUGGGCAGCUUUUAAAGGUCAUUGUGAAUUGUCUCACCUGCUAAUAUACUCAGGUUGUAACCCCAGACACACCGACAAUUUUGGUCAGACUCCAUUACAUUUAGCUGUAUUAAGUGGAAAUCUCCCUACUGUUCAAUUGCUAUGUGAACAAGAUGGGGUGGAGCUGGAAGGUGAAGAUAACAACCGGAACACCCCACUACGACUGGCUAAGGGACGAAAAUCAAAAGAAAUAGUCUCAUUUCUGCAGAACACUAUCAUACAGUCAAAGAAUCUACAUGCUAAGUUUGACUGGAGUACAUGGUUGUUUGGCAGCCCAGGAAAAUCAAAAGCACCUAUACUCUUUUUUUACGGAAAUCUGUUUCUUUGGGGAUACCCAACUUACUUUUUUAAGAUUGUGCCUGUCUCGUAUAUUGCCCUCUGGGAAUGGCAUAUCACAUUCUUGCUCAGCAAUGUAUUGAUGUGGUUCUUUUUCUUAAAAGCAUCCCUGAUGGAUCCAGGCUUCCUUCUCCAGGCCACAGAAGAGUAUAACUAUGCUGUCAGGCAGGCUAUCAAUUUUAAUGACUGGAAAAAUGGUAAGAACCCCCUGAGCAGACUGUGCCACACCUGCCACCUUGCAAAGCCUCUGCGUUCCAAGCAUUGCCGUGUCACUAAACGAUGUGUUGCAAACUUCGACCAUUAUUGUCCUUAUGUCUACAAUGAUGUGGGACACCGCAACAGGGUGUUUUUUGUCGGAUUCCUGUUGAAUAUGUGCAUCAGCUGCCUCAUCGGAGUCUACCUGUGUUGGGACUGGUUAUAUAUGGAAGGUCGCAGCCUGUUAAUUGGAAUGGGCUUUCUGUUCCUCUCUGUGAUUGGUUUUAUUUCUGCAAUGAUGACUGGAACGUGUUUAUAUAUGGCAGCUGUGAACAUCACAACAAACGAGAGGAUGAAUUUAAAGAAGUACUCGUACCUCAUGGAUGAAAGUGGAAAGUUCUACAAUCCAUUUGACAGGGGACUGUUACUGAACCUCCUGGAGUUCUUCCAUUUCAUUCCACAACUCCCUGAAGAGAGGAUAAAGAAAAGGGAAGUGAAUGAAAUCUGA